AUCUCCGACAUCUACAUCAGCGGGGAGUCGGGGGAUAUGUCAGCCAAGGAGAAGCUGCUGCUGUGGACGCAGAAGGUGACGGCGGGUUACAUCGGGGUGAAGUGCACCAACUUCUCGUCGUGCUGGAGCGAUGGGAAGAUGUUCAACGCGCUCAUCCACAGAUACAGGCCGGAUCUGGUGGACAUGGAGAGGGUGCAGAUCCAGAGCAACCGGGAGAACCUGGAGCAGGCCUUCGAGAUCGCCGAGCGGCUGGGGGUCACGCGGCUGCUGGACGCCGAAGACGUGGACGUCCCCUCCCCGGAUGAGAAAUCCGUGAUAACUUACGUGUCUUCAAUCUACGAUGCCUUUCCCAAAGUCCCCGAGGGAGGAGAAGGGAUCAGCGCUAUCGAGGUGGAUUCGAGGUGGCUGGAGUACCAGAGCCGCGUGGAGUCCCUCGUCUCGUGGAUCAAGCAGCACACGAUACUCAUGUCAGAUAAAUCCUUCCCCCAGAACCCUGUAGAGCUAAAGGCACUUUAUAACCAAUACAUCCACUUCAAAGAAACUGAAAUCCCAGCGAAAGAGCAGGAAAAAGGAAGGAUAGAGGAGCUCUACAAGCUGUUAGAGGUAUGGAUUGAAUUUGGACGCAUCAAGUUGCCCCAGGGCUACCACCCCAACGACGUGGAGGAGGAGUGGGGCAAGCUCAUCAUAGAGAUGCUGGAGCGCGAGAAGCUCCUGCGGCCGGCGGUGGAGAGGCUGGAGUUGCUGCUACAAAUCGCUAACAAAAUCCAGAAUGGUGCUCUGAGCUGUGAAGAAAAGCUCACUCUGGCGAAGAACACGCUGCAAGCUGACGCUGCUCACCUGGAGUCAGGCCAGCCCGUGCAGUACGAGUCCGACGUGGUCGUGUACCUGCAGGAGUGCGAGGGGCUCAUCCGCCAGCUGCAGGUGGAUGUGCAGAUCCUUCGGGAUGAGAAUUACUACCAGCUGGAAGAGCUGGUGUUCAGGAUCAUGCGGCUGCAGGACGAGCUGGUGACGCUGCGGCUGGAAUGCACCAACCUGUACAGGAAAGGCCACUUCUCCACCCUGGAGCUGGCACCCCCCUCCACGCUCAGCACAACGCACUUGAAGGGCGAGUCCCUGACCAAAGGGCUCCACACCUCCUCUGCCUCCUGGUUCCGAAAGCCCAUGACCAGGACGGAGCUGGUGGCCAUUUCCUCUUCCGAAGACGAAGGCAGCCUCCGGUUCGUGUACGAGCUGCUGGCGUGGGUGGAGGAAAUGCAGAUGAGACUGGAGCGGGCAGAGUGGGGCACCGACCUCCCGAGCGUGGAAACCCAACUGGAGACCCAGCGGCACGUCCACACCAGCGUGGAGGACCUGGGCUCCAGCGUAAAGGAGGCCAGGAUGUACGAGGGUAAAAUGUCUCAGAAUUUCCGCGCUAGCUACACCGAGACGCUCGGCAAGCUGGAGACGCAGUACUGCAAGCUGAUGGAAACCUCGAGUUUCCGGCUGAGGCACCUCCAGAGCUUGCACGGGUUUGUGGCGCGGGCCACGGCGGAGCUGAUUUGGCUGAAUGAGAAGGAGGAGGAGGAGCUGGCCUACGACUGGAGCGACAACAACCCCAACAUCGUGGCCAAGAGGAGCUACUUCUCGGAGCUGACAGCGGAGCUGGAGGAGAAGCAGGACGUCUUCCGCUCCCUCCAGGACACGGCCGAGCUGCUGUCCCUGGAGAACCACCCGGCCAAGCAAACCGUCGAGGCCUACAGCGCUGCCGUGCAGACCCAGUGGCAGUGGAUUAAGCAGCUCUGCCUGUGCGUGGAGCAGCACGUGAAGGAGAACGCCGCCUAUUUCCAGUUCUUCAGCGAUGCCCGGGAGUCGGAGACCUACCUGCGCGCCCUGCAGGACUCCAUCAACAGGAAGUAUUCUUGCGACCACAACACGAGCCUGACGCGGCUGGAGGACCUGCUGCAGGACUCCAUGGACGAGAAGGAGCAGCUCAUUCAGUCCAAGAGCUCGGUCGCCAGCCUGGUGGGACGCUCCAAAACCAUCGUUCAGCUCCGGCCCAGGAACCCGGAGCACCUCGUGAAGAGCACGAUCCCCAUCAAGGCCGUCUGUGACUAUCGACAGAUCGAGAUCACCAUCUGCAGGAAUGACGAGUGCGUCCUGGAGGACAACUCUCAGAGGACCAAGUGGAAGGUGAUCAGCCCCACGGGCAACGAGGCCAUGGUGCCCUCCGUCUGCUUCCUCAUCCCCCCGCCCAACAAAGAGGCCAUCGAGAUGGCCAACAGGGUGGAACAGUUGUACCAGAAAGUGAUGGCUCUCUGGCACCAGCUCCACAUGAACACCAAGAGCCUCAUCUCCUGGAACUACCUGAGAAAGGACAUAGCCCUGGUGCAAAGCUUCAGCAUGGAAAAGCUCCGAUCCCUGGCGCAAGGGGAGUGCCAGCAAGCCCUGAAGAGCCUCCAGGCGCACUACGAGGACUUCCUGCAGGACAGCCGCGACUCGGAGCUCUUCUCGGUGUCGGAUCGACUGCGCCUGGAGGAGGAAGUGGAGGCGUCCAAGGAACACAUCCGGCAGCUGCUGGAGUCCAUGGAGAACGAAGACAAGGAUGAGACCGUCGCCAGGACGUACCUCUCCGAGCUGAAGAACAUCCGUCUGCGCCUGGAGGAGUGCGAGCAGAGGCUCGUGAGCCGAAUCCAGUCCCCGAGCAGCGCCCGAGCAGACGGUGACACCAUCCAGGAAAACACCAUCCGCAUUGCGGAGCAGGAGCGCAUGCAGGAGGAUCUGCAGCGGGUGCAGUCGGACCUGCGCUUCGUUUCCGAGAGAUGCUACAGCUUCCUCGAGAAGGCGCCCGCGGGCUCCAGCACGCCCCAGUUGCGUUCUGAGCUUGACCUGGUGGUGAACAAGAUGGACCAGAUGCACGGGCUGUCCUCCAUCUACCUGGAGAAGUUGAAGACGGUUGAUAUCAUUAUCCGCAACACCCAAGGAGCAGAGUCCCUGGUGAAAGGGUACGAGGUUAAGCUGAGCCAAGAGGAAGCUGUCCCCGCCGACCUGGCGGCCAUUCAGUCCCACAGAGUGGCCUUACAGCAAUGGCUCGGGGAAGUGAAGGACAAGAGCUCUGUCUUCUCCACGUUGGAGGAGGAGAUGGCGAAGGCAAAGGAGGUGGGAGAGCAGCUGUACCGGCUGAGACAGGAGCGCAGCAUUGACCUGGAGCGCUAUCAGGAGAAGGGCAGCCAGCUGUGGGACCGCUGGCAGCGAGCCUGCACACAGAUCGAGACCCGCCACGCAGAGCUGGAGAGCAUUCAGGAGGUGCUGAGCGAUUACCGGCAGUGCCACAGUGCCCUGAUCCAGUGGAUCGAGGAGAUCACGGUGCAGCAGGAGCUGAUGAAGCCUGGGCAGGCAGAGGACAGCCGGGUGCUGUCAGAGCAGCUGAGCCAGCAAACGGCUUUGGCUGCAGAAAUCGAGAAAAAUCAAGCCAAGCUGGACCAGUGUCAGCGAUUCUCCCAGCACUACUCUGCUGCCGUCAAGGACUACGAGUUGCAGCUCAUGACGUACCGGGCGUUCGUGGAGUCGCAGCAGAAGUCUCCCAUGAAACGCCGACGCAUGCACUCGUCCUCGGAUGCCAUCACGCAGGAGUUCAUGGAUUUGCGGACUCGCUACACGGCUCUGGUGACGUUAACCACGCAGCACGUGAAGUACAUCAGCGAUGCUCUCCGGCGGCUGGAGGAGGAGGAGAAAGUCGUGGAGGAGGAGAAGCAGGAGCACGUGGACAAGGUGAAGGAGCUCCUGGGCUGGGCCCUGGGCUUGAAGCAGAGCGUGCAGGGCAGGACGGCUGCUGCUGGCAGCAGAGAGCUGGGCGACAUCGAGAAAUCCAUCUCGGAGCAGCAGGCCCUGAAUGAGGAGCUGGCUGCGAAGAAGGAGCAGAUCUCUGAGGCCAUCAAAACUUCCCAAAUCUUCCUGGCUAAACACAGCCACAAGCUUUCCCACCCGGAGAAGGAGCAGAUUUCCGCUCAGCUCGGGGCUCUGAAGGAGACCUACCAGGCUCUCUGCAGCGACUCCACCGAGCAGCUCCAGCAGCUCCAGAGCCAACUGGCUCAGGAGACAGAGCACAAGGCCAGCGAAGCAGUGGCAGGAGUGAUCGAUCUUGGCACCGUAGAAAUAUUCCCGGUCUUUGGUGCCAUGCAGAGAGGUCUUAUAGAUCAGGACACCGGCCUGGUCCUCUUGGAGGCCCAGGUUAUCACAUCUGACUUAGUUGUUCCAGAGACCAACGAGAAGCUCUCCUUGGAGACGGCUCUGGCGAGAAACGCCAUCGAUCUCAGGACGUUCCAGGUGCUGCAGGAGCUGAAGGAUGCUCUGCACCAGGUGGAUGAAGUCCGACGUGAAGGGAGGCAGCUCCUACCCGUGGUUGCUGCCAUAGAAGAGGGAAAGAUCAGUGAGAGCAUUGGGAUAAAGAUCCUGGAGGCUGAGCUUGUCACCGGGGGCUUUAAAACCCAUCAGGGCAGGGUCAGCAUGGAGACAGCGCUGCAAGAACGGCUCCUUACCCCGCAGCUUCAUGCCAGACUCCUGUCCCACCUGGAGAACAGCAAGGAUUUGAUUGACCCCAACACGGCGGAGAAAAUCGGGCUGCCCGAGCUCGUGCAGCGCUGCGUCGUGCACCAGGAGAGCGGGCUGAGGCUGCUGCCGGUCACGCAGCUGGCGGGGGGCACGGUGAGCCUGAAAUCGGGCCGAAAAGUCAGCAUCUUCCGCGCCGUGCAGGAAGGGCUGAUCGACAGAGAGGUGACCGUCAGGCUGCUGGAAGCUCACCUCUUUGCUGGUGGCAUCGUAGACCCCAGGACAGGGCACAGGCUGACGGUGGACGAGGCCGUGAGACACAAUUUGAUCGACCAGGAUUUGGCGUGCACGCUUCUUAUCCGGCAGCUUCAGACAGGGGGCAUCAUCGAUACCGUCACAGGAGAGAGACUGACCAUUGAUGAAGCUGUGAGGAAGGAGUUGGUAGCACCAAAGAUUGCAUUGGUGGUGCUGGAGUCGCUGUGGUCCUUCAUGGGGCUCCUGUGGCCAGAGACGGGGGAGAUCAUCCCAGUUGCGGAUGCUUUGGAGCAAGGGCUCCUGUCCACUGAGUUGGUUUACAAGAUUCUCAGCAAGAGGCAGCUCAUCAAGGGUGUUUUUAUACCCGAAACCACGGAGGUGCUGUCCUGGAAGAAAGCGGUUGAACACGGCAUCUUGGAGAGGGAUGUGGCGAAGAAGCUGCGAUCGACAGCCAUACCUGAUGUGAUGGCCAGCGUGCAGCUCGCUGGCUCUCCGAGCAGAAGGAGCCACGGCCAGAGCAAUUCGGGAAGGGGUCCCUCUGGUCCCAAAGAGCAGAGUGACCCCCUGCUAAGGGGCAGUGAUGAGAGGCUGAUGUUCCACUUGAUGACCCACAGCUACAUCAACAUCCACGACGGCCAGAAGCUGCUCUUAGUGGAUGGAGAGCUGAACGAUCUCACCAAAGCCUUCAUCCGAACCCAAGAAAAUGGAUCUUGGGCACACGUGUUGGAAGAGAGCGAGGGUUUUGAGGAGACGAGGACAGACGCAGCUCUUGAGAGGGAGCCUUGCAAUGGCUUGGCUUUGCAGCAGCUGGAGUUUCAGUUUGCUCCUCCAAAGGAGCAAAGCGAAACGGUGCUGCCCUCCAGAACCGCUCUGGAGAACGGGGAGGUGGUGGGGGAACCUGGAAAGCUCCUGUUGGAGGAUGCAGAGGACGUCCUGCUUGUGGAGGAGCAAGAGCAGGUUGGUACCCAACAGGCUGCCAGCAAGAGUGAAAUGGAUGCUGAAUUUGGAAGAGAGGAAGUAGCUUCUGCAAGCAAGGACCAGCUUCAGAUAAAGUUAUUGAUGCCAGAACGUCCUGGUGGCCUUGGUAGUGGAUUUGGAGAAGCAGAGGAAAUGUUGAUGGAGGGAGAAGAAGAGUCCAAGCCUGUUACAGUAGAUGGAGUGGAAAGUAUCAAAGAGGAGAAGAGGGCACUGGAAAGUGGAGCAGUUGUGAAAAGCGAAAUCUGGUUAUCGAUGGGUGCUGCAGAAGGUGGAGAUAGACUGGAAAUCAUGGCAGAGAGGUCUCAGGUGGAACCUGAAUUAGAGGCAGGAGAUGUUGAAGAGGCUUAUUUGCUAAAUGAGAAAGCAGUUGAGAAUGGUGUGCUGGGAGGAGAGGGGGUUGUGCUCCUGAAAACCAGCGAGGCACAAAGAGAGAGGCAAAGUGAAGACGUGGAAGGGGCAUUGGAAGUGGAAGGAGCAUUGGAAGUGGAAGAAGGAGAGUGGGACGAGGUGUUGGGUGAUGAGGGAGGUGAUGAACCAUCCCUACCAGCCCCUGCAGAGCAGGAAGCAGAGGACACUUUGGAAACGCUGUUAGCGCAGCUCCAAAGCGGUGGCAUCGUCCACGAGCAGACGGGCAGGACUCUUCUCCUCAACGAAGCCGUAGCCUGUGGGGUGGUGCCCGGCCACACAGCCGUGAAGCUGAUGGAGAAAAUGAAGAUGUUCAGUGGCUUCUUUGACCCUCAUACGUGCGAAUCCUUAACCACCGAGGACGUCAUUGAGGAGGGUCUGAUGGAUGAGAACCUGCUCCAGAAGGUGCUCGCGUCCGACAAAGCGAUAAGCGGUGUCCUCGAUCCAGGCAAUAACUUUGUCUACUCUGUCAAGGACGCUGCUGCCGUUGGCCUCCUGGACAAGGAAACGGCGAUGAGGAUUUUGGAAGGGCAAGUGGUUACUGGAGGCAUCGUUGACUUGAAACGUGGCAAAAAGGUGUCGGUCACUUUGGCUUCGAAUCUGGGCCUCAUCGAGCCAACGGGUCAGAAAGAGCUUGGCAAGCUGGAGAAGGCUUCCAAAGGGAAAGACACUGAUGAGGUGACCAGGGAGAAGCUCAUUCGCUUACAGGCGGAGACCAGUGGGAUUGUGGAUCCCAAAACCAAGCAGCCUUUGACUGUCGCGGAGUCUGUCGAAAAGGGGCUCCUGGAGAAGGAAAAAGCGUUUGAGCUCCUGACCAAGCAGAUUGCUGACGGAGGGAUCAUCCACCACGUGUCUGGAAUGAGGCUUUCGGUAAACGACGCAAUGAGACAUGGUUUGAUCAGUCAGGAUUUGGGUAACGGGCUCGUGGAAGCCGAAAGCGUGUGCCUGCAGGACUACGUGCACCCAGUGACCAAGGAGAAGCUGCCCUUACCCCAGGCAGUGUCACUGGGGCUCGUUAGUCCGGAUUUCCAGAGGAAAGUGCAAGAAAUCCAGGCUGGGAGUGGAAGCAUCUUGGAUCCCGCUUCUGGCCAGAGGCUGGCACUCGGUCAGGCGGUAAAGGAGGGCUUGCUGCCCCAGCAGGUGAUGGAGAAAGUCCUCUCGUCUUCCGAAAUGAAAGAAGCAAUUGUGGAUCCCGAGACCUGCACGAUCGUGCCCUACUCGGAGUUCGUAAAGAAGUGCAGGAUCGACAUCGAAUCCGGCCAGAGGUAUCUGGAGGUCCAUCCCUUCAGCGCCAUCACGGACGAGGUGACGGGGACCAGGCUGACGUGCGCCGCGGCGGUGGCGCUGGGGAAGGUGGACCCCCUGCCCGCCCUGCGGCUGCUGCAGGCUCAGGCGGACGGCGGGGGGGUGGUGGAGGGUCCCCUCAGCCAGAGGCUGUCCCUGAGGGCCGCUGUGGAGCGGGGGCUGCUGGAUGAGGAGGUGGCCCAAGUCAUCGCCACCAACCAGCUGAGGACGGGGGGGAUUGUGGAUGGCGGCAGUGGGAAAAAGUUGAGCUUGGAGGAAGCUGUGGAAAAGGGACUGGUUAGCCCGAAAUUAGCUGCUGCUCUUCAGGAGGUGCAAAUCUCUGAGGACAAACGUGGUUCUGAGGUCUGCAAAGUAGAUGAGCCCCACGUUUUUCAGGAAAAAAUGGAAAAAGUAUCUCGAAAAGAGGAAGAUGUUGUCUCUACCGGUGCUGCUAAGCAGUCUGAUGGUGCUGAGCACAAAGCUGGGUCUGAGGCUGUGAGCUGUGACAUGGCUGGAGGUGCAGCCGCUGCCCACAAGAGAUCCCCAGUGACCCCCAGAGAAGGGAAAUCAAAACCUCAAGAAACUUCAGAAGACAACGUAACACCUCAGCCCCAAGGAAAGGUUGAAGUGACUCCAGAAUAUCCAUCAGUAUCGGGUACAGCAUCGCUCUCCAAAGAGACAGUGGUGGUAAGGGCUAUGGAAAAAGGGACUGCAAAAAGCAGCUCCAAGGUGAGAGCAGCUUGGGGAAAGGAAUUGAGGGGAGAAGGCGAUGGAGGGACAGAGAAAGUGGAGGGAUUGGGAUUGGAGAAAGAGCAGUCGUUCUUGGACACAGAGAUGCUUCAUGGUGUGGAGGACAGCAAGGAGAGGAGGAGGAAAGGGUUUGGAAGUGCAGGGGGAGUUGUGGCAGGUGGAGGAGGUGCAGUGGUGGCUUCUGAGCGAGGAGAGCGAGCGGGCAGCGUGGAUGGGGGAACACCGGCAGCCCCGAGGAAAGGAGUUACUGUACAGAUGGGUCCUGCAGAGUCUGGAGAGCCCCCCGAGAUGGGCAUCCCUAUGGAGCCUGCAGGAGGUGAGUUUGCAGCUGCAAGAGGUGUUGCCAAGCACAUCGGAGGAGAAACCCCGAGAGUGGAUGCAGAAGGUCCAGUUGAUGAAGAAAGAACAAGUGAACCUGAGCGAAAACCUACCCAGAAACAGAAAAGCAAGAAAAAGAAAGCAAAGCAGGCUGGUAUUGCAGGAGACAGCGCUCAGAUGGAGAAAUCUGUGGAAAAGCAGCCCCUUCCUCUUGUGAUUUCCAAGGAAAUCCCAGGGAAGGAGGAGGAGGAAGAGGAGAAGGACUUGGUCUCAAGCACACCAGAACUGAAACAUGGAACCACCACCACGGUUGCUGCUGGGUUGAUCCUGUUCAGCAAGAAGAUGUGUCUGGAGCAUGACGAGAAGCUGAUCUCGUAUCUCUCCAUGCUGCGGGAUAUCGAGAUGAGGAUCAAACGGGUGCAGCCAGCGGAGCAGAAUUUGGCAGCCCUGCACGACCUGCAGCUGCAGGCAGAGGCCCUGGGCGCUGAGCUGCAGGAGCUGAGCUUCCCAGUGAAUCAGGAGUUGGAUGCUGUGCAGUGGAUUGUGGCCAACCCCCCUGAAGAGGUCCCUGAGCAGUUGCUGAAGGCUUUGGAGAAGGAUGCCAAGAACCUCCAGAAGUCUCUGAGCUCCGCAAGUGAUGUCCUGGAGUCCCGGCUGCAAAACCUUCGCGGGGCGGCAGAAACCGAAAAGGCUAAAAUCCUGGCGCAUCACGAGACUCUUGAGGGCAAACUCCAGGAGCUGCUGAGCUGGGUCUCUGGCACCGCAGAGUCACUGGACGGCAGCGAUCGCCACCCCACGACCGAUGCGAACAGCUUGAGUCGCUGCCUCCAGCACUACAAGGAGCUGAAGGAGCCCCUCGCUAACACCAAGUCUCAGCUUGACGCCACCGCCUUCGACAUCCAGCUCCUUAUUUCGGAGCACGCCCAGGAUUUGACCCCUCAGCAGAGCCGGCAGCUGCUGAGGCUGCUCAAUGAGCUGCAGAAGGCUUUCCGGGACCUGUCGGAGCGCGUGACGGCGCGGGUGGAGGUCCUGCAGGUCUGUCUCCAGCAAGUGGAGCAGACGGACCAGGUGAAGACGCUGCAGGAGCAGCAGGCGGCGCGGGCGCAGGGCCUGGCCGAGCUGAGCCGCUGGCUGCAGCAGGCAGAGACCGCGCUGGCCGAGCAGCCCCGAGCAGCCAGCGAAGGGGACCUGACCGCCUUGCAGCAGCAGCAGAGCAAUGUCAAGGAGCUGCAGAGGAACAUGCACACCCGAGCCGCCUCCUUCGCCGGCGUCCUGAAAAGCACAGAGGAGUUUUUGGAGGAGAACAAGGCGAAGAUGGAGCCCGGGGAGCUGGCAGAGCUGCAGGAGCAGCUGCAGCGCGCCAAGGAGCAGUACCGCUCGCUGCAGGAGAGGACGGAGGUGGCCCAGAAGGAGCUGGAGAGCGCGGUGACAGCUGCGGUGCAGCAGGAGACCGAAAAGGUGAAAGCUGCCAAAGAGCUGGAGGAGAACAGCAAUAAAAUCGAUUCCCUUUUGAACUGGGUGGCAUCGCUGGAGCAGAAGGGAGGGCUCCUGGAGUACAGAGUGCACCCCAUUGACCAAGCACCAGGGGCACGGACGGGGACAAGGGCUCAGGACAUCCCCGAUGGCCACGUUGUGGGAGCAGAGAGCGCUGCCGAGAGCCUGGAUGAGCAGUACGAGAGGCUGAAGGCGCAGCACCAGGAGCUGCUGGCGCAGCAGCAGGACGUGAUCCUGGCGGCGCAGUCAGCACAGGCGUUCCUGGACAAGCACGGCCACAGCCUGGCCGGGGAGGAGCGAGAGCGGCUCCAGGGCCGGCUGGCAGAGCUGAAGGACCAGUAUGCGGCCGCGCUCUCGGGGUCGGAGAUGCGGCUGAAGCGAGUGCAGGCCCUGCGGGAUGAGCUGCAGAAGUUCCUGCGGGAUCACGGGGAGUUCGAGGCUUGGCUGCAGCAAGCGGAGCAGGACCUGGAAGGGAUGUACAAGGGGGACAGCGACCCCGCGGCCCUUCGACAGCUUCUCCGGCGACAGGGGAGCUUCUCGGAAGACGUCAUCUCCCACAAAGGCGACCUGCGGUUUGUCACCAUGUCGGGCCAGAAGGUGCUGGAUGCAGAGGGAGCUGCUGGGGACGCAGGGUCCCAGGUGCUGGCAUCCGGGAGCUUGGUGAAGAGCAAACUGGAGGAUGCUUCGCAGCGAUACAGCACGCUGCACUCCAAGUGCACCAAGCUCGGCUCCCACCUGAGCACCCUGCUGGAUCACUACCAGCACUUCCAGGAGGUGGCAGAGUCGCUCAGGACGUGGCUGCAGGAGAGUGAAGCUGCUGUUGGGAAGCUGCUCUCAGAGGCGGUUUCUUCGGACCCGGCCGUUCUGCAGCAGCAGCUCGCAAGUGCCAAGCAGCUGCAGGGAGACCUCGCAGAGCAUCAGGUACCAGUGGAGAAGCUCCAGAAAGCGGCUCGGUCCCUGCUGGAGAUACAAGGGGAGCCAGCUCCAGACCAUGGACACGUUCAGGAAACAACAGACGCCAUCGUGGGCCGCUUCCAGAGGCUCUCCCAGCAGAUGGCCGAGCGCUCAGACCUGCUGCAGAAAUCCAUCGCCCAGUCCCAGAGCGUGCAGGAGAGCCUGGAGAGCCUCCUGCAGGCGGUGGCCGAGAUCGAGAAGAGCCUGGAGGCAGAGCAGCCAGCCACGCUCUCCUCCGCCUCCAUCCAGGACGCGCUUGCCACCAGCACGAAGCUGAAGCAGGACCUGGCCAGGCAGAAGAGCUGCCUGGAAGCCACCCGGGAGAUGGUGACACGGUUCACGGAGGCGGCAGACAGCCCCACGGCCUCGGCCCUGCAGGGCAAGCUGGCGGAGGUGACGGAGCAUUUCGGCAGGCUGUGCCGGCAGCAGCGGGAGAGGGAGGACGCGCUGAAGAGCCUCCUCCCCAAGGUCGAGCAGUAUGAGCAGCUCUCGGAGAAGCUGAGGCAGUUCACGGAGAGCAGAGCGCGGAUGUUGGCAUCUGGGAACCAACCGGACCGGGACAUCGCUCGCUUCUCCCAGCACAUCCAGGUGAGAUGCAUGGGGAGAAGAAGACCCUGCACUGGGUUUCUGGGGCAGGGCCGUUCUGCACUGGGGCCCUGCGGCUUCGCCCCCAGCGCCUCCCAGCAGCAGGAGAAGCUGCAGAGCCUGAAGAAAGACUUCCUGCAGCUGCAGAAGGUGGCAAAGGAAAGAGAAAAGGAUGCGUCCUCCUGCCAGGAGCAGUUGGAUGAGUUUCGGAAGCUGGUCGGGGCCGUCAGGAAGUGGCUGAAGGAGAGCGAAGGCAAAAUGCCGCCCGCUGACACCUCCCUGGGCACCCAGGAGCUGCAGCAGCGCAGGCAACAGAUCCAGGAUCUCCUGGAGGAGUGGAAGGGAAAAGGGGCACAGGUAGAGGAGAUCGGCCGCAGAGGGACCCUCCUGGAGAACCUGAUCGUGGAGAUUACGGCCCCCGACGCCCCGGCCAAGUCAGGUGCUGCGCUGCCCGCACCGGGAGGCUCAGCAGGCAGCGUGAACGGAUACCACACGUGCAAAGAUCUGACCGAGAUCCAGUGCGAUGUGUCGGACGUGACCCAGCAGUACGGGGGCCUCGGCGCGGCGCUGCGGGAGCGGCAGCAGCAGCUCUCGGCGAUGCUGGAGAGGAUGCAGGAGGUGCAGGAGGAGGCCGGCGCGAUGCUGAAGUGGUUGGAGUCGAAGGAGCGGAUGCUGUCGGAGCUGGACGCCUCCUCCUCGCCCACCAAAACGGAGACGAUGAGAGCCCAGGCUGAGCACAACAAGGCAUUUCUGGCUGAACUGGAACAGAAUUCUGGGAAGAUCCAGAAGGUGAAGGAAGCACUUUCUGGCUUGCUGGAAAAAUAUCCAGAUUCUCCAGAAGCAGCAAACUGGAAGAAGAUGCAGGAGGACCUGAAUUGCAGGUGGGAGCGCGCCAGCCAGGCCACGGCGGCACGGCAGCAGAAGCUGGAGGAGUCGGCGACCCAGAUGGCCACUUUCCAGGCUGCCGAGGCCCAGCUGCGGCCCUGGCUCCUGGAGAAGGAGCUGAUGAUGAGCGUGCUGGGACCCCUCUCCAUCGACCCCAACAUGCUGAACGCGCAGAAGCAGCAGGUCCAGUUUAUGCUGAAGGAAUUCGAAGCUCGCAGACAACAGCACGAGCAGCUCAACCAAGCGGCUCAGGGCAUCCUAACCGGCCCUGGAGAUGUUUCUCCAUCCAGUAACCAGGUGCGGGAGGAGCUCCUUGGGGUUAAUCAGAAAUGGUCCGAGCUCACGCAUCGCCUCAACUCCCGCUCCAGCCAAAUCGACCAAGCCAUAGUGAAGAGCACCCAGUACCAGGAGCUCCUCCAGGGCCUCUCGGAGAAGGUGAAGGCGGUCGGGCAGCGCCUGAGCAGUCAGUCUGCCGUCAGCACGCAGCCCGACGCCGUGAAACAGCAGCUGGAGGAGACCAGCGAGAUCCGCUCGGACCUGGAGCAGCUGGAGGAGGAGAUCAUGGAGGCUCAGACCCUCUGCGACGACCUCUCUGUGCUGAUCGGGGAGCAGUACCUCAAAGAUGAGUUAAGGAAACGGCUGGAGACGGUGGCGCUGCCUCUCAAAGGGCUGGAGGACCUGGCAGCCGACCGGAUGAACCGGCUGCAGACCGCGCUCGCCAGCUCCCAGCAGUUCCAGCAGAUGUUCGAUGAACUCAGGACCUGGCUGGAUGACAAACGGUGCCAGCAAGCUCAGAGCCAACCCGUCUCCGCCAAACUGGAGAGGCUGCAGAGCCAAAUUCAAGAGCAAGAAGAGUUCCAGAAGAGCCUCAACCAACACAGCGGCUCCUACGAGAUGAUCGUAGCCGAGGGGGAAUCUCUGCUGCUUUCUGUCCAACCCGGCGAGGAGAAAACCACUCUGCAAAACCAGUUGGUGAGCCUGAAAACGCACUGGGAAGAGCUCAGCAAACAGGCGGCCGACAGGCACUCCAAGCUGAAGGACUGCUUGCAGAAGGCUCAGAAGUACCAGCGGCAUGCAGAGGACCUCCUGCCCUGGGUGGAGGAGUGCGAGGCCAAGGUGUCAGAGCUGGAGGUGACUCUGGAUCCGGUGCAGCUGGAGGCGACGCUGCUGCGCUCCAAGGCGAUGCUGAGCGACGUGGAGAAGCGCCGCUCCUUGCUGGAGAUGCUGAACGGCGCGGCCGAUGUCCUGAUCGACGCCUCUCAAACCGAUGAGGACGACAUCCGCGACGAGAAGGCCGGCAUCAAUCAGAAGAUGGACGCCAUCACGGAGGAGCUGCAAGCCAAGACGGGCUCCAUCGAAGAAAUGUCGCAGAGGCUCAAGGAGUUUCAAGAGAGCUUCAAGAACAUCGAGAAGAAGCUGGAAGGGGCGAAGCAUCAGCUGGAGAUCUACGACGCGCUGGGGCCGCAAGCCUGCAGCAACAAGAAUUUGGAGAAGCUGAGGGCGCAGCAGGAGGUGCUGCAGGCCCUGGAGCCGCAGGUGGAUUACCUGAAAAACUUCACCCGAGGCCUUGUAGAAGAUGCCCCGGAUGGGUCCGACUGCUCGCAGCUCCUCAGCCAAGCGGAGGUGGCUCAGCAGGAGUUCAGGGCUGUGAAGCAGAAGGUAACCGACUGCUGUACGCUGAUGGAAAACAAGCUGGAAGGCAUCGGCCAGUUCAGUAACCGGGUGCGGGAGAUGUUCUCCUACCUGGCGGAUCUGGACGAUGAGCUGGACAGCAUGGGCCCCAUCGGGAGGGACUCGGACAGCCUCCAGUCGCAGGCGGAGGACGUACGCGCGUUCCUGGGCAAGCUGCAGAGGCUGAGGUCUGACAUCGAAGCUUCCGAAGGCGAAUGCAAGAAGAUGCUGGAGGAGGAAGGGAGCCCCGAUUUAGUGGGGCUGAAGCGCGAGCUGGAGACGCUGCAUAAGCAGUGCGGCAAACUGACGGAGAGGGGCAGGAGCCGGCAGGAGCAGGUGGAAACCACGCUGUCGCGUGUGGAGGACUUCUACAGCCGGCUGAAGGAGCUGACGCACACGACGGCCGCGGCCGAGGAGCACGAGGCGCUGCAGUGGGUGGUGGGGACGGAGGUGGAAACCAUCAACCAGCAGCUGGCAGACUUCAAG